UGAACGGCGUGGCUGAUGUCUCAUUAAGCACCAUAUCAUGAUCAUGUCUACAUUUAGCACGCGCCACUCGUUCCUCAGAUCCUCUCCUCGAAGCGCCUCAUCCAUCUAUCCAUCUUCAUCUCAUCUAUACCAAAACAAAACAAAAAAAAAACGAAAAAGAACCUCUCACCAGCCGACCAGUUUCUCAUCUUCCGCAAGCCAUCCCCGUCCAUAACUUCCUCACGUACAUUUCCGUGUCCUCCGUAAAGGAUGCAGAGAUUAAACUUUCCAUUUGGAGCCAUCCCAUCUCCGUGCAAACGUGCAAACGUGCAAACCCUCGCUUCCGGACUGGAUUAAGCGCUACUGAAGGACCCCGAUGCUGAUCUUCUGCGGGCAGUGAGGGAGAGUAUGGGAACCAAUUAAAGAAUCGGGAAUCCGCCUUUUUGCAUGCGGCGACCCUGCGAUGAGGCCUCCGGUUCCCUACAGCCUGCCUGCGGUCGGCCGGGUAAACCUCUCUUGGGUGGAGAGGAAGCGGAGUGACCAGGUACGUUUGCGCGAGCACGCGCCGGUUGUGGGCGUGGGUGGCUGGUGUUUUUGUUGCUUGUCCGCGGGCUGGAUAGCUUGUGUGGGUUUUUAUGGGGAGAGGGCCGAAGGGUGUGGGAGGUAACGAGGUUUGUGGGAAGAUAAGUAUAUGUUGGACUGUGCCGCCGAUUUUUCUGAUUUUGCUUUACUUGUUGUGUUUGCUCAAUUGUUUGUGAGGAUUGUUUUUUUCUUCUCUCUUUUUGUAUUUUGAUUUAUGAGUAGGAAGGAGUUUUUGGGCGCAUCGAUGAGAUAAGAUGAGACAAUUACUCGAUAUGGGGAUAACCAUGUCGGACGGGUUUCAGAGGAGACAGCGUGAUGCUAUUCGAUUGUGGUUUUCUCCCAUGAAAGGAGAGGGGGAUUGGAAUGGUAAUGGAAAUGGAAAUGAAAAUACCCACGUCUCGUCACUGCGGAUCGAUCAAUUACUCAAAAAGAAGAUUUUAUUUCGAAGAAGAAGAUCGCCUUCCAUGCGAAGAUAUCUCGAAGAAGCAUACCAGUUCGGUUUGAAAGAAGGGAUCGAAACAGACACCUUCAUUAGUCCUCCAUUAGAGGGAAGGAAACGAGCUCGACUUUCUGAAAUCACUUUCAAACCGUUUGUCUCUCUCUCCAACUGAUAUGUGAAUGAGAAAGCUAAUGAAUAAAUAACAGACACUCACAUACAGAAAGAAGAAUUCUACCAACAGGAGGUAUACAAGUAACACGAACACCCACUUGCAACGAAUGUCCACACCCAGGCGAAACAUGCAAUUUCCUCCAAUACAUCCUUCCCAAAUCAUCGCCACCAACACCACCUCGAAGAUCGUCGUCUUUAUUAAAGGAUUCACGUGCCAUCGAGUGUAUACCCAGUCCCUCCGCACCUCUCACCCCUUUCUCACUUUCACCCGAAGAUGGAUAUUUCUUCCAAUUCAUGAUCAAUGGCUCACUCAGUAAACUCGACUUUUUUUCCAAGCCCAAUCUUUGGCCUAUGGUAAUACAGAGAUUCCAUACCGAGCCUUGUGUGAGACAUAUCCUCUUAGGAACGGCGAUGAUCCAUCGACAGCGUGUUCAUCCCCAUACUUCCCAACACGGAAAUACGGAGCGAAGGGCAAAUCGACAUUACAUCCAAGCAACCCGUCUUUUCCAUCCUUCCCUCUCCAACAUACGAGGACGCCUUCACGGGGAAAUGAGGGAAAUCACAAUCCUAACAACUUUCCUACUAGCCGCCUUCGAGAUCCUUCGACGGGACGACGAACGAGCAAGUUACUGGGUGGAGAACGGUAUGAAGAUAUUGGGUCGUCCGAAUCCAAAUAACGCGAGUGAGACGACGUCUAGAAAGAAAACGAGAAUGGCAAAAGUCCAAUGGGAUAGGAAUUCCAAACAAUUAGCCCAGGCAUUUCAGAUCCUGGAUGUGAAUCUGAAAAUCAAACGCAUGAAGAGGAACAAGAAGAAACAGAGAAGCGCUGGACGAUGUGGUGGUGGGGUACUAAGCAGGAAAAGGCUGGAGAAGAAGAGGAGUUGUGUGGGGUUAUUCUCGUCUUGAUCUUUGGUUUUCUAUUACUUAAAUCCAGGCGGAAUGAAAAUGGCGCCCACGAUGAGGAUAAAAAGGAAGUGCGAUCAGGAAGUGUGUACGAAGCAGCGAUAUAUACCAAUCUUUUCAGAUUACCUUUUUCUUAUGUUGAUAUCUACCUGGCUUUGUUUUGGGGGUUUUUGGUGGUGGGAGUUGGAGGAGUUUAGAU